AUGUUUAGAACUGCACCUGAUUCUUAUUUGAUGCGUCUGAUGGAGCUUCAUCAAACCCUAAUAGGAAUUACAAAAUCAGAAGCUGAUUAUCGUCUUUUGGAUGCUGCUCGAAAAGUUGAAUUAUAUGGGAUUCGGUUACACGCUGCAAAAACUAUAGAAGACAAGCCAGUUAAUAUGGGAGUAAAUCAUGUUGGAAUUAUGAUAUUUGAGAAUUUCUCUCGCUUGAACACCUUCAACUGGUCAAUGAUUCGUAAACUCAGUUUUAAACGUCGUAAAUUACUAAUUAAACUUCAUAUGGAAGCAUAUGGUUAUGGAAAUGAUACCAUCGAAUUUUCAUUUUCUACUCGCAAUAGUUGCAAGAACUUUUGGAAAAAAUGUAUUGAACAGCAUACCUUUUUUCGUUCAGUAUCACCGUAUGAUAAUAGGAAAUCUGGAACAUCUAGUCGUGGCUCUGGUGUAUUUACCUAUUCUUCAGCAAAUCUAUUCUCAUUUCCUUUCUCAAAACUGCGUAGAUCAGCCAGCUGUGGAGCUAAUGGUCUGUCUAGCUCAAGGAAAACUCUUAAAAGUAAUGAUGAAGAGAAUUCAGUUAGUUGCAAUACAAAAAGUUCUCAGAAUUCUCAUCUUAGUACACCUGUUAAGCGAAUGGCUCAUUUGAGCUUAACAGGCUCUAAUUUCCACUAUACAGGUCGUACUCAGAAGCAAAUCAUGGAAUCAAACCACAAUACAUUACAUGAUAACCCUGACAAUAUCAAGUUUUCAUCUGAAUACAAUUCAUCUAGUUUAAAAAUCAAUCCAUAUUGUGAUGAUGACAAUAAGACAACAUCGAUGCGCCGAAAAUCGCAUGCUUUAGCCAAGCUACUUGCUCAAAAAUACCCACUCACUAGUGGUGGUGGUGCACGUGAUCAUUUGGAAUUAUUUCGUCUUUCAUUUACUUCACUCAUUCCAUAUCCCUCUUCAUCAUUCGAUAAUAAUAACAACAAUAUGUAUGAUACGUCGUCUAUAUUAUCUGGAAGGAAUGGUUUUAAGUGGAAUUGUAAUCGAGCUGUCAGUACUUCAUCUAUUGAUCGUCAAGUAACCUAUUGUAAACGAAAACUUAGUACACAUUCAUACGUUCCUCGCCAUUUUUCUGGUACAAUAAGUAGACAAUCUUCUGCAUCACAAGAUGUACAUACAAUUGAUUGGUCAGAUAGUAAGUAUUACAAUGAACAGUCUAAUUUUAUUAAUCACGUCGUAAAAGACCCAUCAAGUCGUUAUUUAUCGAAAGACUCUGUGAAUAUAUCCAAACCAUCUGAGAAUGCAUCGACUUUUUCAUCUUCAUGUUCUCUCACGUCUGAAUCAUAUCCAAGACCAGUAUCUUAUGAUGAACCAUUAGAGUAUACACAAUUUCUUUUAACUUCAAAAAAUGACUUAUCUCAUCUUCAAAUCUGUGAACUGGAUUAUAGUGCAGAUGAAAAGGAUACAUCACCUAUGUCUGUAAUUUCCACUCGAGAAAAUAUACAGUCUUUUACGAAUUCAAUACAAUCUCCGUUAAUGUUAUCCGUUAAUCAAACAUGUGAAAAAGAAACUUAUGAUAUCCACAAAAAGUGUAAUGAUCGGUUAACGGAAAAAGAGGAUUUUUCAACUUCGAAUAAAAGUUUGCAUAAACUAAUUUCAGAUGUUGAUAGUCAGCAAACCAUUGCUUCUACAGAUACAGACAAUGAUGAAGAAGCCUUCAGUAAAUUAACUAAUAAUGUUUCAUUGAAAAAAGUUAUCACAUCAGUUAAUGCAUACUCCAUAGUUAAUCAUCAAAUCAUGGAGGAUAAUAAUAUAUACGAACCGUAUUCACCAUCCCAAGUCUCUGGGGGAAAUUUUGAAGUAUUUUCUCAAGAUGAUGAUACAAGACAAUCAGAGGAGGAAAAAAGGAAUGAAGAUGAUAGGUCUAAUCAGAGUAAGAGUGAAACAGACCCUGGACAGAAUGAAACUGCUUCUGUCGAUGUCAGUCUCGUCGAUUUACAUUCACCUAGAAAAUCUCGUGAUAACUCACUAUUCAAUAGUUUAAUAGCAUUCAGCGAAGACAUUUCAUCAAAGGAUGAUAAAAGUCGUCUUGCAUCUAUGACUGAUGUCGCACAAAGUGAAUUAUUAGAUGACUUGGAGAGUGAUAUUCAGUCUGACCAGUUAAUGAAUGUGGAUGAAGCCCCAGAAAGCUUAGCUGAUGCUAUUUCAUUAGGCGCUAUCUCUCUGAUUACGGGUUUAUCAGAUGAUGAUAGUGGUGGGGAUGACGACAACUUGUAUAACAGUAAACACGAUGAUAUUCUGAACAAAACCUCAGUAUGCCGUGAUUCAGAUCAAGGUUCGAAAGUUAAACUAUCAAAAAGUUUAAGUCAUUUACCUGUCACUAAAAAUAAUUCUCAUCUAAGACAAAAUACAUCAUCUAACAUGGAUAAUGUCGAGGCUGGAAAAACUAAAAUAGAAUCUUCAGCCCUAACAACUUGUGAACUUGUUCGAGCGAAGUCCCAACAGCUAUUCUCAAAAUGUACUACACCAUCAAGACAUUCUCCGAAAGAAUCUGAUUCAUUAAUUCCAUCAAUGCUCUCAUCACAUAAUAUUUCUACACCAGAUUUCAAUGGUACAUCACAUAAAGUUGACCAAAAUAUUUCUGAGCUACUGACCAUCGCUUCAGGCUGUUUAAAUAUCUUCAAAGAGGUCUUGUUAACGGAAUCAAUGUAUAGUCAUCAAUUAGAAUUUUUGCUUACGACUCCAUUGGAUAUGGCUAGUUUAUUUAAUGUGAUACCAUUAAUGAAUUGGUUGCAGAAUCGUUUACUACCACUUCUAAAACCAAUAAUUGAUCGGCAAAAAUCAGUAAAAGUUUUCAGUAAACAAUUAUUAUCAAAAUCAAAGGAUGAUGGUGUGGAAAGUUUAUUUCAGUCUUCUAAAAUAAAUCAUGAAUCUUCAAUGUUUACGAAUCGAAUGUCGGUUUAUCUCAGUUCAUCUGAAUCAUCACUAUCUCAUACUGUACCACAGUUGAAUAAGAAUGAAGACUUUUCCAGCUCUGAAUUAUCAAGUUUUUAUCUUUCACCUCAUUUUAUCAAACAUAAACAUAAAAAGUGUGGAAUGCAUUCAGCACUCAAAGAAUUACAAAGCCUUAGUUGUUGUGUUAAUUUAUUAAUGAAUUUAUUAGAUCAAUUACAGUGCUAUGAAAUAUGGAUCAAGAAUUCUGCUAACUUACUAUCAGAACUAUGGAUGUUAGCAUUUUCAGACAUUCUUGGAUUACAUUCUAACAGAGAUACCGAGUUAGUUAAUAGUCAUAUAAAUGUAAAUACUGACUCGCAAAUCGAUAAAAUGCAAGUCGCCAACACUGAAAACCAUUUUGACAACAGUGUAAAAUAUUCACCAGCUCUGAUACGUAAGGUGUUAUGCGACCUAGAAAAUCGAUCUUCUAUUGGUUCAUUAUGGAAUUACUUAUUGUUGCCGAGUCGACGUUUUCGAAGUUAUUGUAACUUAUUACAAUCUAUUGUCAAUCAACUGUCAGAACACUCAAGUUCUGUUCUGUGUCAAACUGUUUUCAGUCAAUUUGUAUUGUCCAGGCGAUCUCUCAACAACAUUUUGGACCAAACAGAAAGAGUUGCAUUGGCACUGCAAUUGUCAAUAAUUGUUUUUCCUCUGGAUAAAUUCUUUUACACUUCAGAUAAUUAUGUGAAUGAAAAUGCACAAGAACGUGAUAACUUAGCAAAUGAUGGACAGAAACACCAAAACAACACUAGUACAACUUAUCAAUCUUAUUCUAAAUAUGAUAAUGAUGAGGAUAUUAUUGAAAGCUUGCAAAUCAAUUCAACUGCUUUAUUAGAUUCUCUUAAUAGGUGUCCAGUAAUUCGUUUCGGUUGGUUGAACAAGUAUUCUCGACAUGGAUUUCAACCACGAUUAGUUUUCCUGUUUACAGAGCAUUUAAUCUAUGCAAGCCGAAUUCGUGGUGUAGCUGGUUUAUACUUGAAAAUUCAUGGUAUUAUAUCACUGUCAAAUAUUGCCGUUGAAAGGAAUGUACCACGUAAAGACCAUGGUAGUAGUGAUGAAACUUCAGAUCAGAAUAAACAAUUAAAAUGUUUUAAAUUUGGUCUAGUCGUAACAUAUUCAAGUCAUUCCCCAGUUCAUGGACUAUCAGAGGAAUCUAAUUCAUGUGUCACUAGUCGAAAUUCUAAUCUGUCUCGAGUUUCAAAAUCACAGUCUCCAUGCCGUUAUAGAUUACGAAAACACCGUAAACGUUUUAUAUUUGGUGUAUAUGAUGAAUUUGAUUAUGAAGCUUGGAUUGGUGAUAUCAGUCGGUUGGCAACAGACGUCACAACAGGUACAACAGCAUCUCUUUCGAAUAUCAAUGAUUCUAGAAUUCUAAAUCGGACACAACUCUAUAAACAUACUGGAAUUAUUCGUCUACGUAAUUCAUGUACUUCAAAUAUCAUGUAUUCACAAGUUGCACAAAGAUGUCUGACAGAUGUCAACACUAACCGGUAUCCUUCAGAUUCUGAUGUUAUUCAAAGUAGUCCUCAAAAGUCUACAGCUUUAAUACCUUCAUUUCGAAAUAAUUUGAUUGGAUUUUGUUGGCGACAGCAUGCAUCAGUUUCAUCCGUUCAAUUGUUAAAUAUUAUUGAUAACGAAAUAUCUGGUUAUUUAUUUCGUCUUUCUAAACGUGGAACAGGCAGCAAGCAAAAACUAUGGACUGUUCUGUCAGAUAUGUGCUUAAAAUUUUAUAAAACAUACCAUCAUCAUAAAUUAUUAGCACGUUUAUGGUUAUCAACUAAUAAAUGUACUGCUGAAUUAUUACCUACUAAUUUAUUACCAUUUGGUUAUAAUCUCAAUGAAUUUGAAGCUGAUGAACAUCACCGUCGUCAUUGUGUACGGUACAGCUAUUUUAUUAAAAUCUCUAACAAUUCCAAAGAUUAUUACUUUCAAGCUGAAAAUGAUUUCUUCCUGAAAAGAUGGUAUACCGCAAUUUCCAAUACAUUAACUUGUUCAACAACUAAACUCAAUCGAAUUGAGACAACAUUAACAGAUGAUAAUUUAAUUCUAGUCAAUGAAUCACUAUCGACAUUGUCUUUAUUAACAACAUCUGACGCCAAGUUGAUAUUCACUUGUAGACCUUUAUGUUCUGACAAAUUAAAAGAGUAA